UAAACGGCGACCGUAUCUAUAGGCGCGAGCGACAGGAGAAAGCAUGGCUGCCGGUUUGAUGCGAUUACCCGUUUUCAGGAAACAAGAAACGGUAUCGGAGUCAAAUGAAAAACGUCUCGUUGUUCCUGGAGAUGUUAUCACAUCUGAUACUGGCUUCAUGCGGGGCCAUGGCACAUAUAUGGAUGAAGAAAAGCUAACGGCCUCGGUGGCUGGGGAAGUGGAGAGGGUCAACAAGCUCAUCUGUGUACGUCCUUUAAAGACCAGGUUCUAUGGUGAAGUUGGAGACGUGGUGGUUGGAAGGAUCACAGAGGUACAGCAGAAACGCUGGAAGGUGGAGACCAACUCACGCCUGGACUCGGUGCUUCUGCUGUCCUCCGUAAAUCUGCCUGGGGGUGAGCUGAGGAGGAGGUGUGCAGAAGAUGAGCUGGCCAUGAGGGACUAUCUCCAGGAGGGCGACCUCAUCAGUGCAGAGGUCCAGUCUGUAUUUUCUGAUGGAGCUCUCUCUCUCCACACUCGCAGUCUUAAAUACGGAAAGUUGGGCCAGGGAGUGCUGGUGCAGGUGUCCCCCUCUUUGGUGAAAAGACAGAAGACUCACUUCCACAACCUUCCCUGCGGUGCCUCCAUCAUUCUGGGUAACAAUGGUUACAUAUGGCUGUACCCUACCCCAGGUCAGCAGGAUGACGAGGCAGGCGGGUUCCACACUAGCAUGGAGCCUGUCUCUCUGUCUGACAGGGAGGUGAUCUCCAGGCUGAGGAACUGCAUCCUAGCUCUGGUCACCCAUAAGGUCAUGCUGUAUGACACCAGCGUGCUCUACUGCUAUGAGUCUUCCCGACCACAUGAGAUCAAGGACCUUUUGAAACCAGAGGUGAUGGAGGAAGUCGUGAUGAUUACACGACAGCGGCUUGUUGAACAGGCUGGGUAGAGAGCAAUGAAUCAUGGGUGCAUGGUGACAUAAUCCUCCCAGGCCCCUGAUUUUGGUUUGUACUGAGCUCCAUCACUCAGUGGACAGCAGUUGUCUCACUUUCUUUGAGGGGUGGGUGCGGGGGCAUCAGUUACCUCUGCAGGUAAAUACCUUGAGGUGGGUUACCUGAAGCUGCAUCUACUGGUUCUGCCCCAGUGACUGAAACCUAAUGAGUGGAUCAAGCUGAGUGCCAUCCUAAAUAAUUACUUAACCUAUGUAAAUAAUUCCAAGAUGAAUAAUUGUGUGGUAAUUCUACUUAGGUAUGUUUACAAAAGUGAUAGCAGGACCCUUUUUUAAAAGAAGAAAAAAACUGUACAGUAACAUUUUUGUUGUCAGAAUUUAAAAUAAAGUAAACCAUCACAGCA